UUUGUGCAAGAGGUGUGUGUAUCAAAGCUAAACGAGAUAAAGCUAAUAUACAGUAUUAUUCGAUCGGUGGAAAGAUUUCCCGUACAAUUUUAGAACGAUAAAGCUUGUCUAUUUCGGCAGUAUCCAAAUUAAAGUGUAAAAUGCUAUCGGCAUCUCGGCUGACGAUAGCCAAUCUUCGGGUUACACAGCCACGGGUGGCUGUGAUUCGAGCGAGAAAACAUUGCCUUGCCUUUUCCGGAUUGUCGCAACUGAACAACCGUCGGUGGUUUUCCAGAAAGGCGCAGGAUAGAGCAAAGGUUCCUCCACCGGCUUGUCCACCACCAACACCUCCGCAAAAAUCAAACACCCCGUAUAUUGUCGGUGCAAUUGCUUUGGCAGCCGGAGGUUUAGGUUUGGCCUACAAGCUAGGCCUCUUCGAUAGUGACCCGGUUCUAGAGCAGACAUCUAGUUCAGCGACAAAAAUAAGUAAAAAAUCUAAGCUACCAUUUCCCCCUUCAUCAAAGGACCUACCAAAGGAGGUGCCAUACCUGCUGAUUGGUGGAGGAACGGCUAGCUUUGCAGCAUUUCGUGCUAUCAAAGGUCAUGAUGCCAAAGCAAAGGUGCUUGUCAUUAGUAAUGAACCUGAAAUGCCCUACAUGCGACCACCGUUAUCCAAAGAGUUGUGGUUUAAUCCCGAGGAGAGAGCACAGCUCGAACCGCUGAAGUUUCGUCAAUGGAAUGGAGUUGAACGUAGUAUUUACUACGAGCCGGAAGAUUUUUAUAUCGAUCCGAGACAACUGCUGGAUACGCCAAAUGGAGGAGUAGCUAUUGCCAGAGGCUAUGAGGUGCAAAGGAUCGAUGUUGUCAAUCGAAAAGCAAUUUUGACCGACGGAACGGAGAUAAGCUACGGCGAGUGUUUGCUUGCUACUGGAGCUAGACCUAAAAAUUUACCAGCAUUCGAAGCGGCCCCAUUAGCCGUGAAGGAGUAUACUACACUUUUCAAAAAUGUUAAUGACUUCGAGGAACUAAGUGAAAAAUUGAAACCGGGAAGCAAAAUAGCGAUCAUUGGUGGUGGCUUUCUCGGAAGCGAAUUGGCUUGUGCAUUAGCCAAGUUUAGCGAAAUUCGCGAAAAGAAUUUAGAUGUUUAUCAGUUGUUCCACGAAGAAGGUAAUAUGGGAAAAAUCUUGCCGGAAUAUUUAAGCUAUUGGACAACGGAUCGGAUUCGCGAGGAGGGCGUAAAAGUUUGGCCAAAGACUCAAAUUAAGGCAGCUGAAGUGCAAGACAAAAAGCUCCGGCUUACGCUAACCGACGACAGCUGCUUGGUAGUAGAUCACGCGAUUAUAGCCGUUGGUUCGGAACCAAAUACCGAUUUAGCCAAGACGUCCAAUCUGGAAGUAGACUCAAAGCUCGGUGGCUUUGUUGUCGAUGCCGAACUCCGUGCUCGAUCACAUUUGUUUGUGGCCGGUGAUGCUGCCUGCUUUUACGACCCCAAGUUGGGAAGAAGACGCGUCGAACAUCACGACCAUGCCGUUGUUUCCGGUCGGUUAGCUGGAGAAAACAUGGCAGGAAAAAAUAAACCCUACACACAUCAAAGCAUGUUUUGGUCUGAUUUGGGGCCGCAAAUAGGUUAUGAAGCAAUCGGACUGGUCGAUUCUUCUCUACCAACGGUGGCCGUAUUUGCGAAAGUCGAUCCUCCAGAAGUUAUUUCAGACACCAGCGAGAAAUUACAGGCAGCCAAUGCUAAUGUUGUGCCGGCUUCUGCGACAACUUCAGACAGUGCAAAAGCUUCAGUACUUAAUCAUCCCGGUAUUGUGAAAGCAGCAGAAAAGCCAGCAAACGGAACCGGUAAGGAAGUAGAGAAAGACGACUUCAACAAAGGUGUCAUCUUUUACUUGCGGGAUGAAAAAGUGGUUGGACUUGUUCUGUGGAAUAUCUUUAACCGGAUAGGAACAGCACGCAAGAUUAUCGCUCAACAUACACAUUACGAUGAUUUGAAUGAAGUCGCAAAAUUGUUCAAUCUACACGAACGAGCGGAGGAAAGCGAGGCGGAAUAAAAUUAUUCUAGUGCUAAGUCGUAAAUUACCCGUAGUUCAAAAUUUUUAGUUGUAUUUUUGUACCUUUAUUCGCUGGGUAAUACUAUUAUGUUUUUGCAUUUGUUAAGUCACUCAUCGGUGUUUUUAGUAAAACGUCGGUUACUUAAAAAAUGGAGUUAUUAUUUCAAAGUUUUGAA